AUGCCGGGGGCCGGGACCCGGGCAGAGGAAGGUGGCGGCGGCGAGGGCGCGGCGCCGGGGGCCACCGCGGAGGCUGGGGUGGGGGCCGGGCGGGAGCCGGCGCGGCUGUGCGGCUACCUGCAGAAGCUGUCGGGCAAGGGCCCGCUGCGCGGCUACCGCAGCCGCUGGUUCGUGUUCGACGCGCGUCGCUGCUACCUCUAUUACUUUAAGAGCCCGCAGGACGCGCUGCCCCUGGGCCACCUGGACAUCGCCGACGCCUGCUUCAGCUACCAGGGCCCCGACGAGGCGGCUGAGCCAGGCGCUGAGCCGCCCGCGCACUUCCAGGUGCACAGUGCGGGAGCCGUCACUGUGCUCAAGGCUCCUAAUCGUCAACUCAUGACUUACUGGUUACAGGAGCUUCAGCAGAAAAGAUGGGAAUAUUGCAACAGCCUUGACAUGGUGAAAUGGGACAGCAGCACUUCUCCAGUUCCUGGAGAUUUCCCCAAGGGUCUUGUAGCCAGAGAUAACACAGAUUUAAUUUACCCACACCCAAAUGCUUCUGCAGAAAAAGCCAGAAAUGUCCUAGCUGUGGAAACGAUGCCUGGAGAGCUGGUGGGAGAACAAGCUGCAAGUCAGCCAGCCCCAGGGCAUCCAAAUUCCAUCAAUUUUUACUCUUUGAAACAGUGGGGCAAUGAGCUCAAAAAUUCAAUGUCAUCUUUCCGUCCUGGGCGAGGGAAUAGUGACAGUCGGAGGACUGUGUUUUAUACCAAUGAAGAGUGGGAACUUUUAGACCCACCCUCAAAGGACCUGGAGGAACCCAUGGUACAAGAAGAAAGAAAGAAGCAGAUGCCUGAGGGAAACAAAGGAGUAACUGGCUCAGGAUUCCCCUUUGACUUUGGACGUAACCCCUACAAAGGAAAACGCCCUUUGAAAGACAUAAUUGGAUCAUACAAAAACCGUCACAGCAGUAGUGACCCUUCCAUCGAGGGCAUGUCAGGUGGUGGCAUAAGCAAGGCAGCCUCCGAGUUGCAGCUGCAGGUUCAGAGCCAGCAGGAGGAGCUGGAGCAGCUGAGGAAGGACCUGUCCAGUCAGAAGGAGCUGGUUCGGCUGCUCCAGCAGACAGUUCGGUCGUCUCAGUAUGACAAGUAUUUCACAAGCAGCCGACUCUGUGAGGGGGUCCCUGGGAACAUGCUGGAGCUUCUCCAUCAGAAGGACGACCAGAUUCUGGGACUCAGCAGCCAGCUGGAGCGGUUCACCCUGGAAAAGGACAGUCUCCAGCAGGAAGUGAGGACACUGAAGAGCAAGGUGGGGGAGCUCAAUGAGCAGCUGGGGAUGCUGAUGGAGACCAUCCAGGCCAAGGACGAGGUCAUCAUCAAGCUCAGCGAGUCUGAGGGCAGCGUGUCUUCUCCCUCUUCCGGGCCCGGCUCCCCCUUGACUGCCCCAGUCAGCAAGGAUCAGCUGGAGCUGGACAGACUGAAAGAUAAUCUGCAGGGGUACAAAACCCAAAAUAAAUUUCUAAAUAAAGAAAUUUUGGAACUCUCAGCUCUACGAAGAAAUGCAGAAAGAAGAGAGAGAGAUCUGAUGGCAAAGUAUUCUAGCCUGGAAGCCAAGCUCUGCCAGAUAGAAAGUAAAUACUUGAUAUUGCUUCAAGAAAUGAAGACACCAGUUUGCUCAGAAGAACAGGGGCCUUCCCGGGAUGUCAUAGCCCAGUUGCUGGAGGAUGCUCUGCAGGUUGAGAGUCAAGAGCAGCCAGAGCAAGCAUUCAUUAAGCCUCAUCUUGUCAGCGAGUAUGAUAUUUAUGGGUUCAGGACUGUCCCUGAUGAUGACGAGGAAGAGAAAUUGGUCGCCAAAGUCCGUGCAUUGGACCUGAAAACUCUCUACCUCACAGAAAACCAGGAAGUUUCCACUGGGGUCAAGUGGGAAAACUAUUUUGCAAGCACAAUGAACAGAGAGAUGAUGUGCUCUCCCGAAUUAAAAAACCUGAUUCGUGCAGGCAUUCCCCACGAGCACCGUUCCAAGGUGUGGAAGUGGUGUGUGGACCUUCACACAAGGAAGUUCAAGGACAGUGCUGAGCCAGGCUACUUCCAGACCUUGCUUCAAAAAGCACUGGAGAAACAGAACCCAGCCUCCAAGCAGAUAGAGCUAGACCUGCUGCGAACUCUGCCCAACAACAAACAUUACUCCUGCCCCACCUCUGAAGGCAUACAGAAGCUACGGAACGUCCUCCUCGCCUUCUCCUGGCGGAAUCCAGAUAUCGGCUACUGCCAAGGUCUAAACAGGUUGGUGGCAGUGGCUCUCCUGUACCUGGAGCAAGAAGAUGCUUUCUGGUGUCUGGUUACCAUUGUGGAAGUUUUCAUGCCUCGAGACUAUUACACAAAGACUCUUUUAGGAUCCCAGGUGGACCAGCGGGUGUUCAGAGACCUCAUGAGUGAGAAGCUGCCUCGAUUGCAUGCCCACUUUGAACAGUACAAAGUCGACUACACCCUUAUCACAUUCAACUGGUUUCUGGUGGUUUUUGUGGACAGUGUUGUUAGUGACAUCCUUUUUAAAAUAUGGGACUCUUUUCUUUAUGAGGGACCAAAGGUGAUUUUCCGUUUUGCCCUGGCACUUUUUAAAUACAAGGAAGAGGAGAUCCUGAAAUUGCAGGACUCGAUGUCUAUAUUCAAGUAUCUCCGUUACUUCACUCGUACUAUCCUUGAUGCGAGGAAACUGAUCAGCAUCUCCUUUGGGGACCUGAACCCCUUCCCCCUGCGCCAGAUCCGGAACCGUCGCACCUACCACUUGGAGAAGGUUCGGCUGGAGCUGACAGAGCUGGAGGCCAUCCGAGAGGACUUCCUGCGUGAGCGGGACACCAGCCCUGACAAAGGCGAGCUGGUCAGCGAUGAGGAGGAGGACACCUAAGUGGAUGCCCACCCAGGAUGCUGCUCUUCUUCCCUUCACAACCAAAGUGUGUCAAAAGUGUGAACUGCAGGGACAUUUCUGCUUGUUUAAAUGCCAGAAUGUAACAUCUGUGGUGUCUGGGAAUCUGCUGGGCAGAUGUCCAAAGCCAAACUGCACUUUCUUAGUUCCCAUUUGGGGGCAGGGUCUCAUCUGUUUACAGCCAUCUCCAUGCCACAACAUUUGGCAUCGUGAUCAUGCUUUUUGCCUGAUUGGUGAAUUGCCCCUCAGUUACCAGUUGGCUGUUUCUAAGAGCCUGUUUACAGCAUCUGUCAGCUGUGUUGGUGUUUGACCCUGUGAAAACCAUCCUUUGCUGGACCUCUCCCAGGUUCUUUUGUACAUAGGAGGCAAUUGUGUACAUCACAGGGCUUCAGAGUUUGGCUGCUUCAGGUGGCAUAAGGUCAAUGUGAAAUGAGGGACUUCUUUAGAAAAGUAGACACAUUCCAUGUUCAGAAACAGCCUCCUUAGAGAGCCCAAGAAUCCUGGCUUCAGCUGCCAGCCAUGCCCCACUUCUGGACUAGCUUUUGCCAUCUCCUGCACAGCAUUUUAAAACAGUAGCUCCCACCCUGCGUCGGGGAGGGCCUGGCUCUGCAGCCAGCCCCGUGCACUUCUCAUCUCAGUUCGUGAUUGUAAAUCACUGGCUGUUCUCCUCUGCCUGCCGUGUGCCUGACCGUCUCUGAGCUUCUGUGGAAUGCUUUGCUUUGCAUCUGGGAAUUGCCUUGUAGAAGCCACUCUCCAAGUGUGGCUCAGAUAGGAGUCUAAGUUAGCUACAAACUGCACCCUGGCAUGCCCCUGAUUGAGGGAACAGGAAGCUUUUGGGGGAUUGCUUUUCAGGGUGUUGGUGCAGCUGCUGGGUGAGCCCUACUACAUGGCAGAAACCUUGGCCUCCCCAGAGGUGGGCAGUGCUUCUGAUGUCCCUCACCUAGCUAGCAGGUGGGGGAGGCUGCUGCCAGGCUCCUUUACUUAGAGCUAAGGCUUGGGUGAGCUCUCCGACAGUCUUCCUGCCACCCUCGCCACCCAGAGCACCUUUGUCCUCGAGCAAGGAUGUAGGGUCACUGUGGCCUCUUGAUUUUGGGCUGCCUAGGCAAUUUCUGACUCGGAGCACUGCCUUUUUGAAGCCAGGAGAGAGGCUUUGAGCAAGGAAAGUUGUUUUUACUUAAGUCCUGUGGACCAUCACUGAUGUGCGGAUGUCAUGAGAGAAUGUUUUCUGGCACAGUAUUACUCCAACACAAAAGAAACAAUCUUAAGUGAAAUAUUUUACACUACCUAGACACAAAUCAGAAACAAUCCUUAGUUGAUACAAACACACUCAGACUAAGAAUGGAAGCGAUGCAAGUUCAAGAAGUGCUUUUUCCAUAGUGCAUCGUUUUCCUGUUCAUCUUUUACUGUCAACAUCCUAGCAGUACCGUGGCUGAGUUGGUAGUUACUACUUGGCUGUUUCUAAGAGCCUGUUUACUAGAGCAAGCUCAACUUCCUGGGCUUAAAUUGCCUACUUUCUUAAGGUGUAGGGGGAACUGGUCCCUGUGUUUAGUCAAAACUCUUUUCUCUUUUCAGAUACUAGGAUUGUAUUUAUCAUUGUGCACAUCUUUGGAACAGUUGUUUGAAGCCCAGCUUCUUCAGGAAGCUGCCUGGGAGCAGGGCAGGCGUUGCAGUCUCACUACUGUUUCGGGGACUGCUGGGAUCAAGUGCUGGAGAACCCUGCCGCCACCUUGUGAAAUAGUGGCUGUCAGCUUAGGGGACAGCUGUGAGGAGGUGCUUGGGACUGUGGCUAGGGCCCCAUGGAUCAGCUUCAGCUGUCCUCAGCUUUUAGUUCUCAAGUCAGUUCCCCCUGGAAGAUGUCAUCCCCAAACUUCCAUGUAGUGGAGCUAAAAUGCUCCCUUUAGGAAUGGACUUAUUUUAUCCAGUUUACCCUGAAAAAAAAUGUUUCUUAGAAAGCACCUGGUGGAGCACUUGCCUACCAAGCAUGAGGCAGUGAGAGCAAUUCCCAGAGGAGAUGGACUGGGGACCCUUUCCUGGAGUUUCUUCCUAGAAUAAAGUGCUUAAUGUCCAGGGGGCUGAGAGGGAAUCGUUGGCCUGGUUCCAGUUUGGGUCAGGAGGAGUGCCCUCCUUCCAUAGCCUUAGGUCCCACUGAUUUGAGCCAACACUUCCCCUUCCCUCCCUCCACUGAGGAGAGACCUCUUCCUACCUUCCAGGGCCCCAGGUCCCUCUUCCUCCCCUGGCCGCCUGGCAAGUGCCCCUUCUGCACGCUGCUGUUCAUCUGAACCUUUGUUCUAUAGCCAGCCCAGGGCCCCUUGUGGUGGCCCUUGCAAGCUGAAAGGGUGGCCUCCAGCCUGCUUGCCUAAAUGUGGGUGCCAAGGUGAGGGGAGCACCUCACACCUAGUGGGAAUUCCCAACUCUGAAAUUGAUGGUUCUUUUUUUUUAAUGGGUUGAACCUGUUAAUACUUUUGUAUAUUUUCACUACAGUUUAUAUUUUUAUAGGAUAUUUUAUCAAGGUUUUUCUAGAGUCUGUACAUCUAUUUUAUAUAACAAGUUCUAUUUUGUGUGCACAACUCCCUUGUAUGUAUUUAUGUAAACCUGAGCCUCCUGGUUGCUCCCUCCUGUGCCCCUUUUGCCUCCAGCCUUGACUCACUUUUGCUCAGCCCUUUCCUCACCCCAGGUAGCCUCAGUCGCUACCUGUAGUCACGCUGAUAGCAGACUACAGAUUGCUGGGAACGAUUCUGGUGUCAACUGCACCAGAAUAUUAUAUUGAUAUAGGAAGUACUCUAGCCAAGUACCCAGUCUUUGUUGUUGUUUUUUUUUUUUUUUAACUAAAUGUAUACUGCACAUCCCCCACCCCCUGCUUUGCAGUAUUAUCUUCCCCCCUGUGACCGGCAGCUGGACCCAGCAGCUGGGCAGCUGGGCCUGCUGGGGAAGUCCCGACAGGGGAGAAACUGGCUGCGAAGCCCCAUGUGUGCCACUGAUCAUUCCACCCCUGCUGGGCAGCUGGAGGAAGAGGGACGCUGCCAGGUGACUGUCCAUUUAUAUCACAGCAGCUUCUAUGCUGUCUUCAAGUUAAAUUUUGGAAUUAUAAAGGAAAAAAUAAAGUAAUCUGUAUAACA